GCAACUACAUACUAUUGUUGAUUCCUUAAUAUGGGCGGAAUCAUUCUUCUAAUAUUCCAUUGCACUUUCUUCCUGUAAGAACACAGCAGGGCGGUCAAUAUAUUCAUCUGCCAUAGAGGUUCAAACUUUUUUUAUUGAAACUCUCUCUGAUUAACAAAUUCUACUUUCAUCACUUCUAUCCCAAAGCUAGGGCGAGCCUUUCAGUUCAGGACAUAAUGACACCAUCCGGCAGCUUGUCGUUCCAGCAGGCAAGUGAGACGUUGUCAUUUCUGAGAGAUCGCUUGCCGGAGUCUUUGAAGACACCUGAAGUUGCAAUAGUCUGUGGCUCUGGCUUGGGAGGGCUUGCGAGCACAAUUCAUCGCUUGCCACGAGUCGAGUUCGACUAUGCUUCUAUACCCCAUUUCCCUCGCUCUACAGUCGCCGGGCAUGCAGGGAAACUGGUUUUUGGACUUCUCAACGGACAAGUGCCUGCAGUGUUGAUGGUUGGCCGUGCUCAUUACUAUGAGGGGCAUUCAAUUGACCAUGUUACAUUUCCUAUACGCGUUUUCAAACUCCUAGGAGUCGAUACAAUCAUCUUAACCAAUGCCGCCGGCGGUCUGAACCCUGAAUAUAUGGUAGGAGACAUCGUUUUGCUAAAUGACCACAUAUUCCUGGCUGGCCUGGCGGGAACACACCCUCUACGGGGUCCAAAUGCCGAAGAGUUUGGUCCUCGUUUCCCUGCUCUAUCAGAUGCUUACGACCUGGAAUUACGUUGCCAAGUUCACAACGCCUGGGCCACGAUUGUGCGCCCACAAAGCAGGAGACUGCACGAAGGUGUAUAUGCUUUCGUUGGGGGACCUAGCUAUGAGACCAGAGCCGAAUGCCGUAUGCUUCGCCAACUCGGCGCGGACGUGGUUGGCAUGUCAACCGUACCAGAGAUCGUUGUUGCCAGGCAUUGCGGUAUCCGAGUCUUGGCCCUUAGCUUGGUAACGAACAAUGCAGUUCUUUCCCCUGCUCCCCGUGGAGACGACCAUCUUCUUCAGGGGAAAAAUGUGCACGAGCUAGACACAAUAUUGCAAGAAGGCAAACCGAACCAUGAGGAAGUUCUCGAAGCUGGCCGCUCCGCUGCCAUGGACAUGCAGAGGCUUGUUAUACAAGCUGUUGCGAAUGUUUUCACACGAACCUCCCAUGGUGAGGCGACCAGUGACCAAUGA